ACAAGUAUUCAUCCUUGGCCACGGACUAGUGCCCGGAAACUAAAAGUUUGAUGUAUACAAGCGAGAAUCAAUGAUAUGGAAAGUGAUAAAGUGGUCCGUCUGUACGUUGGAAACCUUCCAGACGACUGCACGCAGAGGGAGGUAGAAGAAGAGUUUGAAAAGUUUGGAAAAAUCGUUUACUGUGAGCUCAAGAGGACUGUUUCAGGUCUUCCCUUUGCCUUUGUCGAGUUCAGUGACUAUAGAGACGCUCGGGAUGCCAUAAAGAAUAAGGACGGGGCCGAGUUUAACGGCAAGCGCCUCAGGGUUGAGGUCCCCUUUAGCUCAAAAAGACAAAGCAGGAGGUCAGAUCCUCCCAGAAAGGGCAAGUAUCUAGUAGAGGUUACUGGGCUGCCACCAACUGGAAGUUGGCAGGACCUCAAGGACCACCUGAGAGCAGCGGGAGAAUGCGGCCAUGCUAAUGUCUUUAGGGGUGGAGUAGGCGAAGUUUCCUUUUUCUCAAGAGGCGAUAUGGAAUAUGCCAUUGACAAGUUCGACGGAUCCACAUUCAAGUCACAUCAAGGAGAAAAGGCCAGAAUCACAGUACGAGAAAAAUCACAUAGACGGAGUCGUUCUCGUCACCGUAGCAGGAAAAGGUCCUACAGCGGUAGCCGUAGCUACAGUAGGUCGCGCAGUCGAUCGCGCUCCCGCCAUCGCAGAUGAGAUUCCUUGCACCGUGCAUAGGCUUACCUGGUUUUCAUAGUACGGUUGACGAAUAACAACACAACCCACUUAAUUCGGCAAGAAUUAGCCAAGAUUUCUCGACUAGGCACAUAUGCAGAGGCUCUGGUGAGCAUACGUCACCAUGUCACAUGGGUGC